UGGGAUUGUUGCUGUUGCAGUUUGUUUAUAUUCUUCGUCGCAAAUAGUGGAACGCUUCCGCGAUGACCGCAAUUGACAAAAUACAAGCUUUGGAUCACAUUGAACGAGAACUGAUAUUAUGCUUGCAAAGUGCCGGUGCGGCACUGAUGGAACUAAGCAAGGAAAAGACCAGCCAAAAAGCAACGGAAACGAACGUGAACCAGUUCCUAAAGUCGCUCAACAAUGUAGAGACAAAACUUUCGGAGCAGAUCAACUAUCUCACGCAAGUGUCGACCGGCCAACCGCACGAAGGUUCCGGUUACGCAUCGGCCAAGGUACUGCAAAUGGCGUGGCAUCGCAUACAGCACGUCAAGUCGCGCAUCAAGGAUCUGGAAGAGUGCAAAAUGCGCUACAUACAGGCCAACCGUAUGCAGAGUAACCGCGUUGGUCAGAACGCCUCAUCCAGCACGGCUGGUGUUAUGCUUUAAUGGAAAAAGUAUCAGAACACCGGAUCUAAAUUAUAUUCAAUAAAAACGUAUAUUUUAU